UAUAAAAACAAGAGCACUUUGGAAGUUACUCAGGCCUCUGCUCUGGCUGGACAUAGUUUAGUCUAUGUCCUUUUGGGUUCCUGAUUCUCAGCCCUGAUUCACAUUACAUUUUAAACAAGGGGAUUCUCUACCCGGCUGGAAGAAAAUAACUGGAUGGGACAGGGGUCACUGUUAUUAAACAUGCCUCUGUGCGGCCAAGGUAGCAAAGUACUGUCCCUGUAGCGGAACAAAAAGAGUUUUAUUUUCCCACAAUUUGAUUCUGUGAUUUGGUUUCCUCAGGGUGUGAACUGUAGAACAUUCUAGUUACUGGCCUUGUAACUAGUUCUGGAAAUGUAGGAAUCCCUGUGUGUCUUUUCAGAUAGUUUUCAUGGAACCUUGUCCUGUUUGAACUGGGCUAAAAAUGGAAGUGAAGAUGACCUCUUGGGGGCCGAGAGAUGACAAAUGUGGCUCCCCCUGCUGCCCCAUCCCUACCCUGGACUGUGGUCUUCAAGGAAGAUGGGGCUCCCAUUCCUGGUUUAGAAUUCCUUAGAUGGAGGAGGCAGUACAGUGGUAACUGUGUCAUCGCGGCCAGCACCAUGCCCGCGUGGUCUGCAGGAUCCCAUUUAAGAACUCUGCAGAUUGGGGGCUGUGGCAGGAUAACAGCCCCCAAGAUAGCUGUGUCCUAAUCUCCAGAACCUGUGACCACGGUGCCUCACAUGGCACAAGGGACUCUGCAGUUGUGACUGAGUGAAAGUUUUUUUGUUUUGGUUUUUUUUUUUGAGACGAAGUUUUGCUUUUGUUGCUCAGGCUGGAGUGCAAUAGUGUGAUCUCGGCUCACUGCAGCCUCUGCCUCCCAGGUUCAAGUGAUUCUCCCACUUCAGCCUCCCGAGUAGCUGGGAUUACAGCUGCCCACAAUCACACCUGGCUAAUUUUUGUAUUUUUAGUAGAGACAGGGUUUCACUCUGUUGACCAGGCUGGUCUUGAACUCCUGACCUCUGGUGAUCCGCCCAUCUCAGCCUGCCAAAGUGUUGGGAUUACAGGCAUGAGCCAUUGUGCCUGGCUGAGUUAGGAUCUUGCAAUGCAGAGAUUAUCCUGGAUUGUCUGGUUGAGUCCAGUCCAUUGGGUGAGUCCUUCAAAGGUGGAGGCCUUUACCUGCUGGCCAGAGGAGGCUGCCAGCAGGUUUUGGAGAUGGAAGGAGGUACCACCAGUCAACAUUGCAAGCAGCCUCUAGAACAGGGGUCCCAACACCCCAGCCACAGACCAGUACUGGUCCAUGGCCUGUUAGGAACCAGCCUGCACAGCAUGUGAGCGGUGGGCAAGCCAGCAAAGCUUCAUCUGUAUUUACAGCCGCUCCCAUGGCUGGCAUUACCACCUGAGCUCUACCUCCUGUCAGAUAAGUGGUGAGCAUUAGAUUCUCAUAGGAGUGCAAAUCCUAUUGUGAACUGCGCAUGCGAGAGAUCUAGGUUGGGUGCUCCUUAUGAGAAUCUGAGGCCUGAUGAUCUGUCACUGUCUCCCAUCACCCCCAGAUGAUACUGUCUAGUUGCAGGAAAACAAGCUCAGGGCUCCCACUGAGUCCAAAUGGUGAGUUGUGUAAUUAAUUGUAUGUUACAGUGUAAUAAUAAUAGAAAUAAAGUGCACAAUAAAUGUAAUGUGCUUGAAUCCCGAAACCAUCCCUCACUACCCCCAUCCAUGGAAAAAUUGUCUUCCACAAAAUGGGCCAAAAAGGUUGGGGACCACUUCUGGAAAAGCUGGAACAGGCAAGGAUACGGAUUCUCCCCCGGAGCCUCUGGAAGGAACCAGCAUUGGGGACUAAUUUACAGACUGAUAAUAAAUUUGUGUUGCUUCAAGCCACUAAUUUAUGGUAAUUUGUUUACGGCAGCAAUGGAAAACUAAUGCCUGCGUUAUUCCUAUUUUGUGGUGAAGCAGCAGAGCGUCUUCAGGACCAGAAAGGGAAGGACGCCUGCUUGGCGCUGGUGCGCGGCUCCUUUAAGAGCACGCAGUGCGCUAGUUGGCGACCACGGUUGCCUGGAGACCCGAGCCGAGUCUGGGACGCUGAGAGCCGUGCCACACCUCGACUGGAGCAGGCCCCUGGGUUCCUGGAGCGAGGUCAGCGCCCCAGGCCGCGGUCACGCAUACGCGGGAACAGCCGUGGCGACCGAGUCCUGCUCCUUCCCGGCUUCCCAGGACCCGAGCACAUAAAACUCAUCAGUGCUUUGAAACCAGCAGCUCUGAACCAAAGGAACCAAUUGAUAAAAGGAAACAUCGGAUCGUCUCAGGGCAAUGGUGAAAGAAAAGAAAAAAGCAGACAAAAAAGGGGAGAAGUCUGCCCGCUCCCCCUCAUCCCUCUCUGACAACCCAGACUUUUCCAAACAAGAUGGCAACGCCACUAGGCAAGACAUGUCCCCAGUGGGUGUCCCACUGCUAGGAACGCAGCUCAACGAAAUGAAACCCAAAAAAGACCCCCCGAAUGUUCAGCAGAAUGAAGAUGCCACCCAAUAUGAAGAGUCCAUUCUGACCAAACUCAUAGUGGAAAGCUAUGAAGGGGAGAAAGUUCGUGGGCUGUACGAGGGAGAGGGCUUUGCAGCCUUUCAAGGCGGUUGUACCUAUCGGGGUAUGUUUUCAGAAGGACUCAUGCAUGGACAAGGGACUUAUAUUUGGGCUGAUGGAUUAAAAUAUGAGGGCGACUUUGUGAAGAACGUCCCGAUGAACCACGGUGUGUACACGUGGCCGGAUGGCAGCAGGUAUGAAGGCGAAGUGGUCAACGGCAUGAGGAACGGAUUCGGGAUGUUCAAGUGCAGCACCCAGCCUGUGUCCUACAUAGGCCACUGGUGCAAUGGCAAGCGGCACGGGAAGGGCACCAUUUAUUACAAUCAAGAGGGCACGUGUUGGUACGAGGGAGACUGGGUGCAAAACAUCAAAAAAGGCUGGGGCAUAAGAUGUUAUAAAUCUGGAAAUAUAUACGAAGGCCAGUGGGAAGACAACGUGCGCCACGGGGAGGGUAGGAUGAGGUGGCUGACUGCCAACCAAGAGUACACCGGGCAGUGGGAGAGGGGCAUCCAGAAUGGCUUUGGAACACACACGUGGUUUCUAAAGAGAAUCCCCAAUUCCCAGUAUCCUUUGAGAAACGAAUACAUAGGAGAGUUUGUGAACGGAUAUCGUCACGGACAUGGCAAAUUUUAUUAUGCCAGUGGAGCCAUGUAUGAUGGAGAAUGGGUUUUCAAUAAGAAACAUGGCAUGGGCCGAUUAACUUUCAAGAAUGGGCGUGUGUUCGAAGGCGCAUUCUCCAAUGAUCACAUAGCUGGGUUUUCAGAUCUCGAAGUUGAAUUCAUCAGCUGCCAGGACCUGUCUACAGGAGUUGCCCAAAGAUUGUCUGACAGUGCCGAACUGAUCAGAAAGCUUGAUGGCAGUGAAAGUCAUUCUGUGUUGGGAUCAAGCGUUGAGCUGGAUUUAAAUUUGCUCCUGAACAUGUACCCUGAGACAGUCCAAGCUGAAGAAAAGAAGCAGGCGGAAUACGCUGUCUUAAGAAACAUUACAGAAUUAAGAAGAAUCUAUAGCUUUUAUAGCAGCCUGGGAUGCGACCGCUCUCUGGAUAAUACCUUUCUGAUGACAAAGCUUCACUUCUGGAGAUUUCUAAAGGAUUGCAAAUUUCAUCAUCACAAACUAACUCUUGCUGAUAUGGACAGGAUAUUAAGUGCCAAUAAUGACAUACCAGUUGAAGAAAUCCAUUCUCCAUUUACAACAAUACUUUUGAGAACAUUUUUGAAUUAUCUCCUGCAUUUGGCGUACCACAUUUAUCAUGAAGAAUUCCAAAAGAGAAGCCCGUCGCUCUUCUUGUGCUUUACAAAACUGAUGACCGAGAACAUUCGUCCAAAUGCCUGCCAGGUAAAAGGCGAUUUAUUCCGUGAGCAGCAGCGGACACCCUACUCUAUGAGUUACAUCAGUAAGUGCUGGGAGAUUUAUCUAGCUUACUGCAGGCCUCAUGCAGCACCUCCCCACGAGCUUACCAUGAAGACGAGACACUUCCUCUGGAUGCUGAAAGACUUUAAAAUAAUAAAUAAGGAAUUAACAGCAACUAAAUUUUUGGAGGUCAUAGCAGAGGAUAAUCCUUUCAUCUAUGAUGGACUUGACAGCAACUUGGAACCUGAGCUGGUUUUCCUGGAAUUCUUUGAAGCACUCUUAAGCUUUGCAUUUAUCUGUGUUACUGAUCAAAUGAUGAAAUCCUAUGCAAAUGUUCCAGGUGAUGAUGUGUCUGGAAAUAAACAUGAAAAUAUUUAUACAGUAUUAAAUCAGGACGCCCAGAACAAGAGUCCCAAUGAGGUCAUGAGCCACGAAUCGGAUGCUGCUCACUCUGACAGUGCCAAGUCAUCUUCCAGCAAGUUAGGACCCUGGCCUGAUAUUAACAAGAUAAGGAAAUCAGAGCCCAAGAUGAAGAAGUCUCUAAGUGAUGAAAGAAUUUCCAAAAUGAAUUUUAAAUCUCCUGGAAAAGGGAUCAUCUUUUUUUCAUCUCAGAGCGAGAAAUAUGAAAGACCCAAGGAUGAUCAAAAGGAAGAGUUCAACAUGUGGGUCAAUAAUAUGUACGUCUUUUUCGUGAACACACUCUUUCAUGCGUAUAAACGUGAAGAAGUUAUCAAGGAGAAAGUAAGGGAGAGCAGGUUACAGAGCGCAGCACAGGCCCAGCAACGGAAGGAGGACGACGACGAACUGGAAGCAAGGCUGAAUAGCUUUAUCUUGAGAGAGGAAGAGGCCAAGAGACAAGACUAUGAGGUUGACAUCACGGUGAUCAAGGAGCCGGCAGACGUGCCCUCCUCUCACCUCAUCCUGGGCCCUCCCAAGGAGGAUGUGACUGUGUCUCCAUCCGCCAAGACCACCGCCAGCAAAAAGAAGAAAAAGUAGUGAGCCACAAGGACAUGCACAGAGGCUUAGGACGGCAGGUGCUGUAAGAUUUCCUGAGCAUUACACUUCUUAGCAUCGUACUCGUUGUAGUGUUUUAAAAUACCGCCUUGGCCCACUGCAUCUCAGCUUUCCUACAUGGCUGAAUUCAUGGGAGUUCGAGACCAGCCUGGGCAAUGUAGUGAGACCCUGCCUCUACAAAAUUAAAAAAUUAGCUGAGAGUG